GUUGUGCUUUCCCAAGUUCAUUAGCGCCCACAACACGACAAACCCACCUUUCCACCUUCGACUUUCUUCCUUUCUGUCUUCCAUCCUGCAACCUCAGUCUCAUGGUCAACGAUAUCAAGCUCUGUAUCCAGUCUUAGUCACGUCUUAAUCACGUCUUGAUCAGUCCCAGGACGUGAACAAAGCUCACCAUGGCCCAACCAUCAGCGACCACGCCUCUCACAACCUUCACAUAUUUUCCACGUCUGGCGAUUGAGCUCCGACAGAUGAUUUGGAAGCUCACUCUCCAGCCCAGAGUUGUGGAGCUCGAAUUUGGCAACAUCGGUUUCGAAGAUCAAGACAGUCUUGAUUCCAGCUUCGAGUCUUAUGGUGGCGAGAAUGACGAAGACGAUAGAGUCGAACUAAACAGCCGGAAGGGCUUCUACACAACAACCCGCAAUCCUAUUGUUAUGGAAGUUUCUAGGGACUCUAGAAAUGCGGUCCUCCACUUGUACCCGAAAUGCUUUGGAUCACUGUGGUAUCCAAAGUGUACUCGGUUCAAUAUGGCUAUCGACACGCUAUACAUCGGCUCGGGGCUCUGUAAGGUUGUGCCCUUGUUUUUCGGUAUUCUCUCCAAAGAGGAAAGACAUGGUAUACAAUAUCUGGCUUUCAACCGCCAUGAUUUUGACUGUAACUGUCUUGAUCUUGAGAAUAUCCUGUCUGGACCGGGCUUCCUUAAAAGACUUAAGCAUGUCAUCGAGCACAUGAAGAGCCUCCGAGAAGUCCUGAUGGUUGAGCCAAUUGAGUGUUGGUUUGACACUGAGAUUCAAGGUUUCGGUCAGUGGAUAGUACAUUCGGAUCCAUCAUUCUCGAAUGAAAUAUCGCUCCACGAUACGAUCCCAGGCAUAUUCGACUGGCUCGAGUGGAAUCUUCCAAACUCUACAGAAUUCACGAAGGAUUGGAAGGUCAAUCAGCGAGUAGUUUUGGGAUGGAGAAAUAACAUCAAGUUUGUACUAUUUCCAGACAAUUUGGAGGUCUUGGAGAAAGCUCAGGCCAUUUCUGUUGCCAAGCCCGCUCGUCUUGACGACGUUCGUGGCAACUAUUAUGAUAGCCUUAUCUCACGAAUGACCACUUCAUUGCGAGUCCUCGGCGAUCGCAUUCUGACCCCACAUUGA